AAGCUGAUCUCAGACCUGCUCGCGAGCGCAUAGGUCCGUAUCCUCACCCUGUAUCCUUUCUUUCUAUUUCCGGCCCGGUCAUGGCAGCUGGAUGCAGGAAGCAACUGUCCUCAGAAUAGAAAUAAACAAGGAGCUAAAUAUUUUCGCGAAAAGAUUAUUUUCGCACAUGUAUUUGCUUUUUGGAGCUGUGAAAUAUGGCUACGACUGCUCAGUUAUUCGAGGAGCCUUUUGAUGCUGAUGAGUAUAUUGAGAGACUGGCUUGGAGGACUCCUGGAGGAGGUUCCAAAGGAGGAGCAGAGGCAUUUGACCCAAAAAAGUUGCUGGAGGAGUUUGUCAACCACAUUGAGGAGCUAAAACAGCUGGAUGAAAGGAUACAAAGGAAGGUGGAGAAGUUGGAGAAGCAAUGCCACCGUGAAGCCAAGGAGUUUGCCCACAAGGUCCAGGACCUGCAGAGAAGCAACCAAGUGGCCUUCCAGCACUUCCAGGAGCUUGAUGAACAUAUCAGCUAUGUGGCCACUAAGGUCUGUCACCUGGGAGACCAGCUUGAAGGAGUAAAUACCCCAAGACAGAGAGCUGUGGAGGCCCAGAGACUCAUGACAUACUUCAAUGAGUUCCUGGAUGGAGAGCUGCGCAGUGAUGUCUUCAACAAUCCUGACAAGAUAAAAGAAGCUGCUGACAUCAUUCAGAAGUUGCACCUGAUUGCUCAGGAGCUACCAUUUGAUAGAUUUUCUGAUGUCAAGGCCAAAAUAGCAAGUAAAUAUCAUGACCUUGAGCGUCAAUUGAUCCAGGAGUUCACAGCAGCUCAGCGAAGGGGAGAGAUUGGACGCAUGCGUGAGGUGGCGGCAGUCCUCCUUCAUUUUAAGGGUUAUGCCCACUGUGUGGAUGUCUACAUCAAGCAAUGCCAAGAGGGAGCAUACAUAAGGAAUGAUGUGUUCGAAGAUGUAGCCAUUCUGUGUCAGCGUGUUAAUAAGCAGGUGGGAGAGGUCUUCUGCAGUCCAGAGACUGUCAUGGCUAAACUCAUUCAGAGCAUUUUCGAGAACAAAAUCCAGGCUCAUGUCAAAGAAAAGCUAGAUGAGACCCGCAACUCUGACGUGGAGCAAUACCUCAAGAACCUAUAUGACCUCUAUACACGGACAACGACACUGGCUACAAAGCUCACAGAUUUUAACUUGGGCUCAGACAAACACACAUUUCUGUCUAAGCUGAUAAAGAACAUUUUCUCCUGUUACCUGGAGAGCUACAUAGACAUGGAGCGCCAGUAUCUGCAGAACCGUAGUGGCAUGAUUCUCCAACGUUACUACGACUCAAAAAACCACCAGAAACGCCCUGUAGGGACAGGCAGCAUCCAGGAGCUAAAAGAGAGGAUCAGGCAGCGCACCAACCUGCCUCUGGGAUCCAGUAUUGAUACACAUGGAGAGACCUUCCUAUCACAAGAGGUUGUAGUCAACCUGCUGCAGGAGACUCGACAUGCCUUUGAGAGAUGCAACAAGUUGUCAGACCCUGCAGAUCUACCAAAGAAUGCCUUCUCCAUCUUCCUGCUUUUGGUGGAGUACCUGUGUGUGGACCAUAUAGACUACGCCCUUGAGAUUGGGCUCUCUGCCAUCCCAUCUGCGGAUGCCAAAAAUGCCAAUCUGUACUUCUUGGAUGUGGUCCAGCAGGCCAACACAAUCUUCCACCUCUUUGAUAAGCAGUUUAACGAUCAUCUCAUGCCUCUUAUUAGCUCCUCUCCUAAGUUGACGGAGUGCCUGCACAAGAAGAAAGAGGUGAUCGAACAGAUGGAGGUGAAGCUGGACACCGGGAUCGAUCGGACACUGAAUUGCAUAAUUGGUCAAAUGAAGCACAUCCUGUCAACUGAACAGAAGAAAACAGAUUUCAGGCCAGAAGACGAGAACAAUGUCAUGAUACAGUACACCGCAGCAUGCUCUAAGGUAUGUGCCUACAUGAGCAAGCAGGUGGAGCGUGUGCAGAAAUCCAUGGACGGUAAAAAUGUGGACACAGUUUUGUUUGAGCUAGGAGUGCGAUUCCACCGGCUGAUCCAUGAGCACCUGCAGCAGUUCAGUUACAGCUCUAUGGGUGGUAUGCUGGCCAUCUGUGAUGUGGCAGAGUACCGCCGUUGUGCCAAAGAUUUCAGGGUUCCUCUUGUGCUUCAGCUCUUUGACACACUUCAUGCUCUGUGUAACCUCCUGGUUGUUGCCCCGGACAACCUCAAACAGGUGUGCUCUGGAGAGCAGUUGACCAACCUUGACAGGAACCUCCUCCAUGCUUUCGUCCAGCUGAGAGCAGACUAUCGCUCAGCCCGACUCGGGCGGCAUUUCAGCUAAUUACUGGCAAGGCUGCCCAGUUAUUGAAUAGUCUACCAUACUGCCGUCCAUUCAGAGCGGCCCUACUAGAAGACAUGAAACACAAGAGGCCAAUCUUGAGUGGCUUUAUCUAAGAUUUAGAGUGGAGAUUAUACUUUGUGUUUAAAGAACAGCACCAACUGCAAAGCAAACUCUUCCCUGAAUGCUUCAUUUUAUGUUUUGAAAGGCAAAGUUAACUCCAAAAUGAAAGUUUUGUCAGCAUUUACUCACUCUUUUGUUGUUUCUAACCCUGUAUAGGAGAUGUUAGGCACAAUGUUAGGGCAUCUUUUUUUCAUACAUUGAAAGUGAAUAACCACUGUGGCUAACAUUCUAUAACAUCUUCUUUCGCGUUACACAGAAAACAAAAGAAAGGCGUACAGGUUUAGAAGAACAAGAGGAUGAGUAAAUUAUGACAGAAUUUUCAUUUUGGGUUGAACUGUCACUUCAAGCAUUCUAUUUCAAUCCAUGUUCACAUUAAAAUGUGAACAUACUUCAUUACAUAUGUGCUCAUUUGUUUGUACUCUGCAACAGGUUGGAGAAUAUGGAUCUGUUAUACAAAUGACAGUGCAGAGGGCUGUUCUGUACAUUUCUCAGCUUCUCUGACUAAUGUUGAGAAGAUGAUGUUAAAUGAAUGAGUUGGAUGAUUCUGCCGCUGGACUUUGGUGUUCAAGGGACUCUGUUUAUUUGCUUUUAUUUUGAUUGUGCCAAACCAAACCUCUGGCUUUUCUUGGAUGAGAGGAGCACUUCAGUACGCUGCUGUGGAUCAAUUAACUAUUCCAGCUCGUUUCGCUCAGGCUAUUGUACACACAUAGGGCUUCACAAAGAUGAAAACUCCUUUUUGAGCAGAUCAAUGGACAUGUUAUACAAAUGUUGUCAUACCUUAAGUUAAUUCUGUCCUAUAUUCAUUUCAUACUUGUAAGAAUAAUGAACAAGAGGAGAGAUGAGCAUAUGACAUCUGUAUGUCUCAUGUUUAAAGGAAUAGUUUACCCAAAAAUGAAAUUCUGUCAUUAUUUACUUAGCACAAUCAGUCCAAACUCAUUAUAUGCUGUUAUUUUUUUACUUCCAACACAGAAAUUAGAAUUUAUGAAGAAUCAUUACGCAGCUCUUUUUCAUACAAUGACAGUACAUAGUGACUAAUCUAAAAAUGACCAAAUAUUACAUAAAAGCACCAUAAAAGUAGUCCAUUUGACUUGUAUGUCUUCUGAAGUGAUAUGAUAUCUUUGUGUGUAAAUUUAGUUCAUCAUUCAUGGAAAAUCUCCCCCCUGCAUUAAACCUGAUGUGUUAAGUUGACACACCAUUUUUUAAGCCUUAUGUGAUCACCAAUGAGAUUUCGGAGCUUUUACUGAGGGGAAGAUUAUCGGUGUAUAAUGACAGAAUUUUCAUUUUUUGGUGAAUAAUUCCUUAAAACUUAAGGUUUAAUUUAGACCUGUUGAAUGCUAAAUGUGAUGAUGUGAUAAAUCUCUCGUAUCAAUCUGAUUUACUCAUGCCCUUAACCCGUAGAGCUAAUACAUCUUUAUGUAUGCUGAAAUGUAUAAUUUCUGACUUAUAUUGCAAUGCACACCUAACUUCCAGAUUUUUGAGAUCUAAAAUAAUAAUCACAUCAGUGCUAACAACUAAGUGUGUCGCUUGAAGUUAAAGUAAUACUUGCAUACAUUCAUAUAGUAUCCACGUAAUUACUAAAAAAAAAAAGCUUGGGUCACAUGGUUUUGCAAAAAUGGUUUGAUUUUAGAUUUGGUAUUUGCUUUAAGUAGUGUGACAUCCGUAUGGUUAUUCUGAAGCUAAACAGUGACAAACCAGUCACAAACCAUUAAUUCCAAGACCCUUUCAUAUGACAGAGGUAUGCUGAAUGCAGUAAUGUCAUAUGACUAGUUGAAUCCUAACCUUUAACCCCUCUGUUGAAAAGGUGGGUCGAGAUCUGUGACCCCCUAGGCUUGACCUUGGUGUUAGAUUGUUAGAAAGGGUUAGGUGGUCUGAUUCUGAUUCCAUUACAUUGUACUGGUUUUAAACAUGAAUUCAUGACAGAACGAUCUGAACUGAAUCAUCUGUACAAGCUGCUCAUCAUAAUUAUUUCUGAAAAUAAAAUGUGUGAAAUUGC